AUGGACCCCGAAAAGGACAUCAUCCUGAUCCCUGGCCCCCACCAGGUCUGGCGCAUCCGCACGCGAAAGCAGGCGGCCGAGUUCUGGGGUGAGCAGUACAAGCACCUGCGGGAGGGCGCCCCGCCACGCGAGCCUCCAAGCGGCGUCAGCGGCGGGGUCGACCCCGACAGCGGCACCCUGGCCUCGCCGCGCGAGGACCGGGGCUCGUGCGGCAGCGGGGGCGGCGCCGCGGCAGAGCAGGACGCGGGGCGUCAGCAGCAGCAGUGGCGGCGGCGGCAGGAAGCGGCGGCGCGGUUGUGGGGACACCUCGGCGGCGGCGCCAGCCGGUGA